AACUAUUAUUCACGUAACUGGAUUAUUUCAAUACUUUAUUAAAACUCAAUUUGCAUCUUGCAAAUAUUUCGAAUUUCAAUACGAUGGCCGAUUAACGGUAAAUUUAAUAUUUAACACGUAGUGCACAUUAUCCGCGUAGUUUGUGUAUUUAACUGAUGUCAACAUUUCCAAAUUAUUGAAUUCCAACAAUAUCGGUUUUCUAUAAAUUGAAUUGUAACUUGUAGUCUAGAAUUAUGAAGUCAUCAAAUAAUAGUAAAAAAACAAAUAUAGAUGAUAUAAGCAGAGAAACUCAACGACUAAUCAGUGAUAGUCAUGUACGCUUACCAUAUCAUAAACCAAAACAAAAGUCAUUAAAAGACUUUCUUAAUAGACAAAAAAUAUCAACUCAGUAUCAACCAUCUUUAACGGGUUCCAAAAAAUUACUUCACAAAGCAUGGGAAUUGAUAGAAAGUAAAGAACAAACUGUAGAAAAAUUUUACAAUGAAGACAGUGUUCAAGAAGAAAACAAUGACAAAGCAUCUUUGAAUAAUAGUAAUUCUCAAGCAGAAAAUCAUUUUUCUUUAAAUGAUAACAACUUUGAUAAAGAAUGUACUCUUAAUGAAAACCAUAAUAAUAGUUUAUCUGAAUUUAAUGAUGAUGAAGAAAAUUAUGACGACAACUCAGUUGUAGCUAGUGAAUUAUCAUCUGAUGAUGAAGCAAUUAAUAAUAGUGAAGAUGAAUCAAUUGAUGAUAAUAAAGCAAUUGGCGAUGAUAAAAAUGAAGCGAACGAUGAUGAUGAAAAUGAAGGAACUGAUGAUGAUGAUGAUGAUGAUGAUGAAAAUAACUUCAGGCAAGGGAAAAAUUUGUGUUCUGAAGAACCUUUCAUUGAAGAUGAUAAAUCAGAGGAAGACUCCGAAGAUGAAUUAAAAAAGAAUAUUGUUAAAACAUUCAUUGAUGAUGAAGCUGAAUUGUCUGAAUUAGAUUGUAGUUCAGGCGAUGAAGAUAAUUUUCCUAGUUUUAUCAAUGAAUCAGGAGAUGAAGAAGACCGUGAUAUUGAAUUUCCUAAAAAAAAGAAACAUAGAGCAAUUUUGUUAUCAGAAAGCAGUGAUGAUGAAAUGAACUGUACAAAUGAAAAUGAUUCAAAUACAGAAAUUAAUUUAAUAUCAAAUAAUUCAUCACCUUUAUUUAACGAGUCUGAACCUAUUGUAUCUACACAACAACUAUUGGGUUUAUGUUCUGGACAAUUUCAAUCCCAAUCCCAACAAUUGGAUGCUAAGGAAGAUAAUGAAGAAGUAGAUGAUUUUGAAGAUAAUUUUGAUUCUGAAGUUCCAAUAAAUGAUGCUGACAUCACAAAUGAAGAUGACGCUGAUGAUGAUGAUGUAUCUCUCAAACUAGUUUCAGCUAAAGAUUAUUUUGACGAUGAAGCAGAAUUAUCUGAAUCAGACUGGAGUUCUGAUGAUGAAGACAAAUUAGUUGGUUUGAAUGACAAAUUAGAAGAAGAAGAAGGUGACAAAGAUAAGCUAGAUGAAAGUCUUGUUAAGGAUGGAUUAGACAAGAUAUAUAUGCGGCAGCUUUUGGACGAUGAUAACCAGCAAGUAACUGCACUCAAAGAAAUGCUUCUUGAAGAUGGAGAAUUGUAUUCAGAUUCUAACCGAAAAAGAAAAUUUCAAUGGGAUGAUGCUGAUCAAGAUGAUGCUGCUUUUAAGAAACCUUUGUUUUCUGACAAUGAAGAUGAUAAUGAAGAUGACGUAUUAAGUGAUGACGAAAAAACAGAACAGUGGAGAAAAGAACGUUUUAAACGUGAAUCUUAUUUAUCAGAAAAAAAUAAAUAUUCUGAUGAGGAAAGCAAUGAAGACGAAGAAUCGAGUAAUAUUUUACAAACGUCUGUAUCAGUUGUGAAAAAAACCCAUGUUGUUAAGUAUCUAAAUGGCAAAAAUAGAUUAAUAUCAAAAACAUUUGAUGAUGAAAAAAGUAAUGAAUCAACACAGUUAAAUGAACAUGAUGAAACUGAUCCAAAUAGCCAAAAUUUAAGUACCAACUCUACCAUUACAAUUGAAACAAAUAAAAUUAAAACCAAUGAUUUUGUUGAUCCCCAAGUUGUAAAUAUAAUUUCAUCAAAACAUAAUAAAUGUAUAAAAGGAUCAUUUAUGAAACGUAAUGGUGACAAGUUAACUAAUACAUUGCUGUUUGUAAAUAAAAAAAUAACUAAUAACGAUGGAACAAAUCCUAAAAAAUAUGAAGAAAAGAAUGAUAUAAAGUCAUUAAAUACAAUCACAGCUACUGCUACUAGUAAUCCAUUUGCAUAUUUAAUGAGAAAUGACAAAAAAUAUGAAAAUGAUGGUGAUUUAAUGAAAAUAGAAAAAACAGAUACUACUAUCAAUCUUAAUAAAACAUGUAUUAGUGUUAAAACAACUUCAUACCUUCGUUCAGAAGAAAAUCAGCAAACAGUCAAACUCAACAAAUCAUCGCAUAGUAUCUUGAAACAAUUUGAUUAAUAAAUCUGUAGAUUACCUUUCUGUUUUUAAACAGUAGUAAGUUUAUGAUGGUGUUUUCAUCUUAAGUUUUGUAUGUGAUCAUGUUUAUUCAUGUUUUUAUUAUUUCAAGAUAAUUUAAAAUGUAUUAUACUAUAUUAAUUUUUUU